AGCUUGGAAAAGCUGGCCGCCGAGAUCCACAGCAUGGCCGAGAGCAAGGAGCAUUUGCUGAGCGAAGACCGGCUGAUCCAAGCUAGCCUGGCCCAGGUUGAGAAGCAGCUGGACUCCCUGCCCCAGGCCAGGGCAGCUCUCAGCCAGGAGAGGAUGUUCCUGAAGAGCCAGGAGGCUAGCACGGCCCUGCAGCUGUUCCAGCAGGAAAACAAGAGCGCGACUGAGCAUCUGGAGGCAGCGUCACUCCGGCACUCAGAACUGCAGCAGAAGUACAAGAGGCUGGGGGCCGAGCUGGAGGCCCAGCAGCAGGGAACUGGGGGCAGUUCAGCCAGCAUGGAAACAGCUGCCUAAAAGCCACGGCCGCUCUGCAAGCACCCCAGCUCCUAGAGCGGAAAUCGGCCUGGAGUUACGUCGCCUCUGGACACAACUGUCUCCUUGUGGUGAAUAAAGACUUCCUGCUU